CCGCCGGCCCCUGACCCGAGCGCUCAGAGGACUGCAGGGAUCGCGGAGCGGCCGGAGCGGCGCGCGACCCUGCUGCUCUGAUACUCGGCAGCCCCAGAGGAGCGUGCACCCACAAGGACCUUUUUGCCCCAGCUGUGCAACGCCAGUCAGAUGUGGGGGGCAGCUGCCCAGAGGCAUGUCCCCCAUCUGGCCACGCUGCCCCCACCUCCUCCUGCUGCUGCUGCUGGCCUGCCAGCCGCAGGCCCCCUCUGCUCAGGUGAUGGACUUCCUGUUUGAGAAGUGGAAGCUCUAUGGUGACCAGUGUCUCCACAACCUGAGCCUGCUCCCUCCCGCUAUGGAGCUGGUCUGUAAUAGAACCUUUGACAAAUAUUCCUGCUGGCCGGACACCCCUCCCAACACCACAGCCAACAUCUCCUGCCCCUGGUACCUGCCCUGGUACCACAAAGUGCAGCACCGCCUUGUCUUCAAGAGGUGUGGGCCUGAUGGGCAGUGGGUACGGGGGCCGCGGGGGCAGCCAUGGCGAAACGCCUCCCAGUGCCAGAUGGACGACGAGGAGCUUGAGGUCCAGAAGGAGGUGGCCAAGAUGUACAGCAGCUUCCAGGUGAUGUACACGGUGGGCUACUCCCUGUCCCUGGGGGCCCUGCUUCUGGCCCUGGCCAUCCUGCUGGGCCUCAGUAAGCUGCACUGCACCCGAAACUACGUUCACAUGAACCUGUUCGUGUCCUUCGUGCUCAAGGCCAGCUCUGUGCUGGUCAUCGACACGUUGCUCAAGACCCGCUACAGCCAGAGGAUCGGGGAUGACCUCAGCGUCAGCGUCUGGCUGAGUGAUGGGGCGGUGGCCGGCUGCCGCGUGGCCGCAGUGUUCAUGCAGUACGGCGUCGUGGCCAACUACUGCUGGCUGCUGGUGGAGGGCCUGUACCUGCACAGCCUGCUGGGCCUCGCCACCAUCCCCGAGAGGAGCUGCUUCCCCCUCUACCUGGGCAUCGGCUGGGGUGCCCCCAUGCUGUUCGUCAUCCCCUGGGUGGUGGUGAAGUGUCUGUUUGAGAACAUCCAGUGCUGGACCAGCAAUGACAACAUGGGCUUCUGGUGGAUCCUGCGCUUCCCUGUCUUCCUGGCCAUCCUGAUCAACUUCUUCAUCUUCCUCCGCAUCCUUCACCUCCUCGUUGCCAAGCUGCGAGCCCACCAGAUGCCCUAUACUGACUACAAAUUCCGGCUGGCCAAGUCCACGCUGACCCUCAUCCCCCUGCUGGGGGUCCAUGAGGUGGUGUUCGCCUUCGUGACCGACGAGCACGCCCAGGGCACUCUGCGCUCCGCCAAGCUCUUCUUCGACCUCUUCCUCAGCUCCUUCCAGGGCCUGCUCGUGGCUGUUCUCUACUGUUUCCUCAACAAGGAGGUGCAAUCAGAGUUGCUGCUGCGCUGGCACCGCUGGCGCGAGGGCAAAGCACUGCAGGAGGAGCGCCACCUCGGGAGCCACAAGGUCAGGUCCCCCAGGGGCCCCCCCAGUGAGAAGCUGCUGCUCUCAAGAGGCGGUGGCAGCAAAGGGACUAGUCAGGACCCCUCUGCAGAGACCUGCUUGGCUGACGGCCUCCCUGGAUUGGCUGAGAACCCCUCCUGAAGCCCCCUGGAACUCCAGCUGGGGCUGGACUCAGGUGCCCAGAGAGGGCAUCACCAGACAAUCCAGAACCAAUGCCCAACAGAGGCGAGAGCAUGGGAGCCAGACAGCGCCCCACCAUCCA